AUGACAAACACAUCAUCCGACAGUUUUAUAAGUCCCACCCCCCAGACAUCAUUGCCGACCAGCACCGAAGGCUCGAAGAAGAAGAAAGCCAAGUUGGAUGUUCAGGAACAGGUUGCCAAGGUAAAUGACGAGAUUGAGAGCAUCCAGUCCAGUGCUGUGUCAUGCCACGAGGUGAAGCAUCAACACUUCUUCGUGAAGCUUGAUGCAAAGUCUGACUACCAUCGUGAUGCGAAGAAGUACGAGUGGCUCCGUGACACGCGUGCGCACAAGUCCUCACAAGCUGCCAUCAAUCACCAACACCAUCAGGAGAUCCUCGACAAGGAAGCGGAAACAUUACGCCUCAAGAUCCAGUUCCAUCAGAUGAUGCAGGGCAGCAAACCUCCUGCCUUGCAUGUGGAGUGA